GCCGCAGAGGAGUCCCGAGGGCCGCGCGGGUGCCCGCGGCGAGGCUGCGGAAGCGUCUGCGGCCCGGCGGGAGCCCGGCAUCCUUCGGGGUGCUGGGCUGCCGCCGCCUGGGACGUGCAGACUGUCGGGUCACACGUGGGCAUGCGCUCAGGCCGCGCGCGGGCCCUUAGUUCUCGAGCUGAUUUCUGCCCACCGAGUGUCUGUGUAAAAUAAUGUGGGUGAGCGGAUGGUGAAACUAUGACCGCCCUUUGUCCUUUAAAAACGAAAUAAAAUGGUAGAGCCAGAGGAAAGGGAAGAGUUAAUCAUGGAGGAGGAGGGACGCCGCUCAGUCCUUUGACUAGAGGCCGCUGGGAAAGUGACGUCCUGUAGCAUUUGCUGUUCUAGAAAGGAAAGCUAAGUUCAUUUCAAGGCAUUCGAAAUGGGGAAAGACUAUUACUGCAUUUUGGGAAUUGAAAAAGGAGCUACAGAUGAAGAUAUUAAAAAGGCUUACCGAAAACAGGCCCUCAAAUUUCAUCCGGACAAGAACAAAUCCCCUCAAGCAGAGGAAAAAUUUAAAGAGGUCGCAGAAGCUUAUGAAGUAUUGAGUGAUCCUAAAAAGAGAGAGAUAUAUGAUCAGUUUGGGGAAGAAGGGUUGAAAGGAGGAGCAGGAGGCACUGAUGGACAGGGAGGCACCUUCAGGUACACCUUCCAUGGUGACCCUCAUGCCACAUUUGCAGCCUUUUUUGGAGGUUCCAAUCCCUUUGAAAUUUUCUUUGGAAGACGCAUGGGUGGAGGUCGAGAUUCUGAAGAAAUGGAAAUAGAUGGAGAUCCCUUCAGUGCCUUUGGAUUCAGCAUGAACGGUUAUCCAAGAGACAGGAAUUCUGUGGGACCCUCCCGUCUCAAACAAGACCCUCCCGUUAUUCAUGAACUUAGAGUGUCGCUUGAAGAAAUCUAUAGUGGCUGCACCAAACGGAUGAAGAUUUCUCGGAAAAGAUUAAACCCUGAUGGAAGGAGUUACAGAUCUGAGGACAAAAUUCUCACCAUUGAGAUUAAAAAGGGGUGGAAAGAAGGCACCAAAAUCACUUUCCCGAGGGAAGGUGACGAAACACCAAAUAGUAUCCCAGCAGACAUUGUUUUUAUUAUUAAAGACAAAGAGCAUCCCAAAUUUAAAAGAGAUGGAUCAAAUAUAGUCUAUACCGCUAAAAUCAGUUUACGGGAGGCAUUGUGUGGCUGCUCAAUUAAUGUGCCAACAAUGGAUGGAAGAAACAUACCUAUGUCAAUCAGUGAUAUUGUGAAGCCUGGGAUGAGGAGAAGAAUUAUUGGAUAUGGGCUGCCGUUUCCAAAAAACCCUGAGCAACGUGGUGACCUGCUAAUAGAGUUUGAUGUGUCCUUCCCAGAUGCUAUAUCUUCGUCAUCCAAGGAGAUCCUUAGGAAGCAUCUCCCUGCCUCAUAGAAUGAGAAGAACCUUGCUACCCGUAUUUUGAUAAGACACUGAAAAUACAAAAGGAAUGGCAGUGGACUGAUGUGACUUCUGUAUAAAGAUGUGUAAACUCUUCUGAGGAUUCAUUAAAUUGCAUGGAUAGAGACGGGUCAAAUAGGCAAAGUGGAUUUUUAUAGCAGAGAUGAAGAAAAAAAAAACUCACUCACUGUAUUGUAUUUCAUUUCUCUCAAAUCAGAAACUUUUAGUAUUUCAUUUAUAAGUGAAAGCUGGUUUUGUGGUCAGUAGAUAUACUUCUAGUAAAGUACUAGAUCAUCCAAGUA